ACAUGUGAUAUGGAAACGUUUUAUUAAAGAUGGAAUGUCGAACACUGAGGUCGGCGUUAAGGUGAAGGGCCGUUUGGCCAUACUCGCUGCUCACCUGGCAGCACCGCCACCCUCCGACCUCUCUUCUCCGCCGAUCAUUGAGCCAUGUGAGGUCGGCGUUAAGGGGAACGGCCGUUUGGCCAUACUCGCUGCUCAUCUAGCAGCACCGCCACCCUCCGACCUCUCUUCUCUGCCGAUCAUUGAGCCAUGGUGCGUCUCUGCUCAGACUGCCGUCUCCCUUGGCGGUUCCUUGACCAUCAUCGACGAACGCAUUGGGAAGAAGCACCAGGUUCUCGUCUCCACAGAAGGCACCGUUAAAGCGGUUGAUUUGAAGAAGAUAACGACCGGGAAGGAUGACAAGGGUCUCAAGGGGUAUGACCCUGGGUUUUUGAACACAGCUCCUGUACGCUCAUCAAUUUCCUAUAUUGACGGGGAUCAGGGGAUCCUUCGAUACAGAGGCUACCCAAUUGAGGUGUUGGCCGAAGCAGUACCUUCUUAGAAGUGGCCUACCUCCUCAGCAAGUAGUCCAGCGUGAAAAAGGAACACAAAAUGUUAGAGUUGAUAUGAUGAGCUUUCUUCCUAUGAAUGAAUUCUAUUUCCCAAA